CGCUUCGCCGCGGUUCAGACGAACCGCUGCAGGAGCCGCUUCGGGAGCCGCGGUUGAACUCAGGUUGUGUUGACAAAUCCGAUUAUCGGGAAGGUAAACUGGAUUCUGACGUAGAGGCGUUAAACCCCGGCGGAGGAGCGUCGCUCGCGCAGUCAGAAGCAGGCAGCGAGGAGGAGAGCUGCUCGUCCCCCCCCCUCUCUCUCUCUCCCUCCUCCACCCUCCCCUCCGACUCAGGACCGGAGCAUGACUCCUCACUUAUUUCUCCGCGUGUGAACGGAACGGAACGGAACGGAACGGACCACCGCCGGUAGACAUGGCUUCGUUUCUGCAGAUCGCUGAUGACGAGAAGGGCCAUGAGCUGGACCUAUUCUGUGUCCCCAGACAUUAUGAGAAAGACUUGGACAGGGUGAUCAUCCCCCACGGGCUCAUUAUGGACAGGACAGAGCGACUGGCCCGAGACAUAAUCCAGGACAUGGGAGGACACCACAUCGUAGCUCUGUGUGUGCUGAAAGGAGGCUACAAGUUCUUUGCAGACCUGCUGGACUACAUUAAAGCACUGAACCAGAACAGUGAUACAUCAGUCCCACUGACGGUGGAUUUCAUCAGAGUGAAGAGCUACUGUAAUGAUAAGUCCACAAACAAUGUCAAAGUCAUAGGAGGGGAUGAGCUGUCCAAUCUCUCAGGAAAGAAUGUUUUGAUUGUCGAGGACAUUGUGGAGACUGGAAGGACGAUGCAGACGCUGCUCUCCCUGCUGAAUGAAUGUAAUCCCAAAAUGAUUAAAGUUGUGAGCCUUCUAGUGAAGAGGACCCCGAGGAGUUCAGGGUACAGACCAGACUACAUUGGUUUUGAAGUGCCGGAUGCCUUUCUGGUGGGCUACGCUCUGGACUACAAUGAAUACUUCAGAGAUCUCAGUCAUAUCUGUAUAUUGAAUGAUCAAGCCAAGGAGAAGUACAAAGUGUGACGCAAAUGCCAUGUGGGAAUGACUGAAGACUAGGACCACUGUGAGGACCCUCCUGAGCUCUGCUGUGUUCUGAAUUUUAUUUAUUUUUCUAUCAACAAAAAUCCACAUAUGUGACUUGUGGAUUAAAAGAGUCUAGAAGAAUGUUUCUUUUUUUCCCCUUUGUGAAAAACAGGGAUAACUAAUAGAUACUAUGAAUAUUUUAGUUGUUACAAUUUUAUUUAUUCAACAGUUUUUAAAUGUAUAGAAAUUAGCAGUGUUUUUGUUGGUAACAGAUACAGAAUGUGAAUUAUUUGCUUUUUAAAUCACACUUCUCAGGCUUUUAGAUAGAGCGUACAGAUGUUAGCAGCCUUUGGUUUAUACAUGCUUCUGUUUGAUGCUGAUACACCCUAUCAUUAUGCCAUAACAAUGUACUGUACUGUAAGUUUUAUUCAAUACCCGAUGUCUUCAUCAAUGACUUGUUUACAGCAAUACAAAUCCCUGACACCUCGU